AUAUUCAAUCAUGGUGGGAGGUGCCCUACAUUGCACACUUCUGUUCGUUGUUUAGUGGCUCCUUUCAGUUGCCGGAUUUCGACAUCGAGGACUUGGAAGAAGCUCUCCUGACCGAUGUCGACACCGAGAGCGAGGUCGAUCUAAAAGUCUACAGCGCCCGUCUGCUGCCGGAUCUCAUUGUUGCUCUUCUGAAGGGUUGUGACGCGCUCAGCCAGAUCGUCGCACACAUCAGUCCGAGUAACUAUCAGAUGUUCCUGAGGCGACUCUUUCGUCAGAAAUGUCAGGAAUAUAACAUCAACAACCCAUUCAACGAGGAUACUGAUUUUGAAAAGCUACCGCUUCGCACCAAAAUCUUGAUUUUGAAGUACCUGUGUGACUUUCGCCUAGACUCAGCUGACGUGUUCAAUAGCUUUGCAAACCUCGAAGCCGAUAGUUUGCGAGUGGAGCCAUUAGGCUACGACAGUAAAGGAUCCGCCUACUGGUACUUUUUCGGCACCAGGCUCUACCGAGAGGAUUUCGACGUUCCGUCGGGCAAGGGUAGCAAAGCGUCAAAGCGAUCGGUGUGGCAGGUGAUUUGCUUCACCGAGGAAGAUUGGAGAAAUUUAGCCGGCAAGUUCAAGCGUUCGAAGAACGAAAACGAGCGGGCAUUACUGCUGCAGUUGGAGGAAAACUUUCUUCCUAAUAUACCAAAAAUCUUCCGCGAUAAGGAACGUGAAAGACGCAACAAGUUAUUAGAGCGUCGUACUUCCUCUCGCAUCAAGGUCUACGAAGAACGUCGUCUAGCUGAUCUAUUCCGUCAGAAGGAGAUUGAAGAGGCACAGAAAGCCCUACUGAAAGAACAACGUAGGCUUCAGGGAAAGUGUGAACCCCAACCAGAGGAUUGCCGAUCCCAAAGAGAAAGGCUAGCCGAAGAAAGGGCAAGACUAGCCGAAGACAGAGCUAAACGCGCCGAACGACGAUCGCGUUCGAAUUCGGUCUCAAGUAUAGUAUCAACCUAUGCCAGCUCGCCAGAACCUCUCACAAGUGAUUUUAUUUUUCAGCCAAAAGAAAACGAAAGUCAAUCUUUUAGAAAACAUUCUUCUGGCGGUGUAAAACACUCCGCAACCGUUCUUGUUAGUAAUCCUCCAGCUUCCCCAUCCUCCGAGCUAGGUUCCGAACCGACUUCAAGUGUUGCAGACAUUGAUGAGUGCUCGGGCGCUUUUUACAAUAAAAAUCCCGAGAAAGUGUUAAUAGAAGAAGAAAACGACGACGACGAAGAAGAAGAAGAAAUCGAAGAGGAUAGUGACAGUGUGAUCGUCGUCGAUCAGGUGAACAAUAAUUGUAUCGAAGUCGGAUCGAGUAUCAGUGUUGCCAGUGUUGGUACAGCGACCACCAGCAGUGGAAUCAGCAGCCGUGAGCAACGCGAUAAAACACCCUCACCACCUCCAAGUCCCCCUCCUCCGUCUAUAUUACAUCCGGUGGCGGAAGAAGCUGCCCUUUCGGCGGAACCAGUGAAGCGAAGAUCCAAGCUAAGUGCAGAAAUCGAAGCGUUGCUGCAGUACAAUAGAAACAUGGCACCCACUACGACCAAACUGCCCGGAAGGCAAACCAAUAACUCGUUGUCGUCGGUUACGGGACCGGUGAUUCUACCGUUUGCCGAAACCCCACCCAAAACGCCCAGCAGUAGCUCUGGCAACAAAAGUGGGGAAUCGAAUUCCGGUGCUGCCGGCGGCGUUGGCGGGGGCGGUAACGCCGGAACCAGUUCCAGUGGAAGGAAGAAAAAAAGCAAAGCUUCAGAAGUAACCAGUUUCUUUACCACCUCAACCUCCACUCUGAUUUCGUCGUUUAGUUUCACUGAAACCGAAGAGGUUCUGCAGAUUGGUAUGCACAAGAUACUUGAGUACAUCAAAAACCACGAUGAUGCGUGGCCGUUCAUGGAUCCGGUCGACGAGGACAUUGCCCCGCGGUACUAUUCAAUUAUUAGACGGCCCAUGGAUUUGCAGAAGAUGGAAGACAAGCUGGACAAUGGUGAAUACUUGACGUUCGGUGACUUCCGGAACGAUUUCAAAUUGAUUGUAAACAAUUGUCGACUUUAUAAUGGCCAAGCAAACGAAUAUACCGAAAUGGUGAAUAACUUGCAGUUGGCGUUUGAAAAGGCGAAAAAGAAGUACUUUGACUCAAAUUCCUCGGACGAAGAGCAAACCCUUGAAUAUCCAAUAUUUAAGGAGAAACAAUUCGGAAACAGUGGAGGGAAAAAUAUCAAUGAGUCAUCCGUUAGCAGCACCAGUGUUAACAAUAGUAAAUCUUCCAAUGAAAACAAAAGUGACAGUGUAAACAAGAAAACUAAUGACGUUAAGAAAAGCAGCGCAAAAGAAUCCAAAAGUGACAAGAAGGAAGGGAAGAUGAAGCAUACCAACAAAAAAGGAAAACAUGAAUCCAGCGAUAUCAGUGACAAAGACAAAUCUCAUAGCAGUGGCAGUGCUAAAAAGGGCAAAGCCAAUGUAGAAGAAGAGUCGAAAAGUGUUAAGAGUGGGACCGGCAAAGGACACAAACGGAAAAGAAAAGAGAAAGAUAAAACGGCCAAAGGGAAAAGCAAGAAGUUCAAACCCAACAGUGACGAUGAAGACGAAGUUGGGGAAGAAGAAAAUGAAGUUAACGAGGAAGACAUCAAGAGCUUAAAAGAUCGGUCAGAACGUGAAGAAGAAGAGGAGGAAGUGCGAGCUCCAUCGCCAGUUCCUCUGGAAAACAGGAAGAAGUCCAACUCCAAGGCGAAGAAAAAGGAACCAAAAACUAAAGAACAAAAGAAAAGCUUCAAAUCUACAAAAGAAGACAAGAGUUCGACUAAACAUGAGAUCGGUAAUAAAGUGCGUAAAAAAUCUCCGCCGCGGUCACGGUCAGUAUCGAGGGCAAGAUCUGCAACACCCAUGUCAAGAUCACCUAGUCCAGUGCCAGCUUCGACGCCGAAGAAAGCUAAUAAACGAAAGGAGUCUAUUAAACAGAAACAUGGCAAAAAGGGUCGUAAGGGAGAACGAUCUACUGAGCAAGCAACAACGGUAAAGGAAACUUCCAAACAAGUAGAUACUUCCUUAAACUCUGGAACACCUUCUCCCGCAAAACCGCGUGGUAAGAAAAAAGUACAGGAAACGAAAGCAGUGCCACGGAGUGAUGAAGAUAUUGCGGAUGUUCCGAUGGAGGCGGAGGGAGAUAAAGAAACAGAUCUCAGCAUGUUUGCUGAUAUUGAUGAAAAACGGAUUAGAAACGACAGUGGGGGAUAUGCUUCCGGAGAUAGUAAUGCUGAGAUUCCAAUCCCCAAAUCCGAUAACAAGAACAAGAAGCACAGGAAAAAUAACCAGAAAGCUACUAAAACUAAAACAAAGAACAAAAGUGAAGAGAAACCCAAAAAAUGUAAAUCAAAAACCAAAAGUGGAAAGAGCAAAAAAUCUAAAACUAAAAGUUUUGACACCUCGUCAGUAGUUUCAACCAGCAACGCAGAGGAGGACGUUGAACAAGUUAUAAAAGAAAACAAAAAUAAGGAUCCCAUGGAAAAAGAAAUCAAAAGUGCCUCAAAGAAACAACCGAAAGAUUUCUCCAAAUACACGACGCUUCCUAGAGAUAGAAGCUCAUCUCGAAGCUUUUCUAGAUCUCCCAGUCCGUUGCCUUCAAUCCGAGAUGGAUAUUCAUCGUUGUCGGAUCAUUCUAUGGAUUUCGACCAAGAUCUUGACGAAGAAAAGUCUGCUCCCGCUAGACCGCUAACACCGGACAUCAGAAACAAAUAUGAUCUUAUCAAAGAGCGACGGCGUAAUCAGCAGAAAACGACACCUCAAACCAACGUCUCGGCAACCGUCGUGACACAGGAAAAACCCGCAAAACAAAAAGCUAAACCUCAGGAAACAAGUCGAAAGAAGCAGAAGCCUAAUCAAACACAAAAUACCAGUUCAAGUGCCUCAUCAACCCCCAGCAAGCAGCCAAAGGUUACAGAGGAAAGUGAAAAACCUGCAAAAACCAAAGAAACAGGUAAGAGCAAAAGGAAGGGCGCUCAAUCGAUAGAAAAUAACGAUGAUUUUCUGCCACCAGAGGACGUCAAAGAAUCAAUUGAGCCACUACCCAUAAUUGAGAAGCCUAGACUUUCUUACAUGGAAGAUAAAACAGAAAAACGAGAAUCUGAAAGGAAGAUUGAUCCCAGCGAUGAGUACGAUUUUAUCGACGAUUCGCCGACAGAAAUUCCGGCAGUCAAAGUUCCAACUCCAAUGGCAUCACCAACAGAGAAGGUACCUAAACCUCCGAAAGUCAAGCCAGAUUCAUGUAAAAAGCAACCAUCAAAGUCUAGUAAAACUUCUCAAAAUAACACGUCGGUGAAGCCCAGCACUGUCACGACAACCAAACAGCCCAAAGCUUCCGGUGCAAACAUGGAAGCGCUGGAGCUAGAGACCGAGCAAACUCUAAAGGACAUCAACAAGUGGUUGGAAAAUACGCCUCGGUUUUCAGAGUACAGCUCAGCAAGUAAUUCGCCUUCGCGCUACAUUAUGGAUGAUCUCGAUGCGGUGACUGCCAAAAUUGAUGCUGCGGACUUCCGCAAGCCCAUACCACUUUCCCAGCUGCCCGAGGAAGAACCAGAAACGCCACCUAUUAUUCCCAUAGCUCAGGCAAUAGCUUCACCGUCUCUGACCCCUCUUCCUGCACCAAUUCCUCCGCUACCAACAUCUCCAAAACCGAUGAUGCCGGCUUCUGGUUUAGUAGCAAAAGAAACUUCUAAGAUGAAAUCUUCCAAGGAGCUUCUGUACGAUACCAAUGCCCUCAAAGAACCCGCCAAUAACGUCAACAUAUCCCCUGCGUCGCAUCCAGUUGCGAAGCCGCAUCCUACACAGCCGACAGUAACCAACACAGCUUCGGUUCCAGUAUCUGCGGUAACACCACCGGAUCGUCCUCAUCUUGGCCCACCACCAAUCAUUCCGCCCCAUUCGCAGAAGAAAGAACCGAAAGAACCUAAGCGAAAGACACUGAAGGAAAAACUGAGUCAGUUGAGUUCCCGAAAGCGAGAGACGGUGCACCGAACGAUUGACCGUUUGCAGCCCGGAAAAUCGAAAGGAAAUUUAUUAACAUCCAUGCAGAAUCUCAAUAAACCAGAAGAGAUGUUUCCAUUGGGCGGUUCGACGAACAAACUCAAAGAGGUGAAAAACUCACUGAUUGUUAAAACCGACGAGUCGAAGCCAAAGCUGAGCUUGGGUACCGUUUUGGAUACUGAAGGUUUCGGGUUGGGGCAGCAGCAUAACUUUGCCGACGAAAGAAAAGAGAAUGUAGCAGAUGUGGCGGAGAGCACGGUGGAUAAAAAGGAAAGUGAUGGCGAGAAAUUAUUGAUCAGCCCGACAAAGGACGAUAGUGAUAAUGCAAAUAAGCUGCUAAUUCAUGAUGAUAUCAAAGCGGCUAAAGCGGAGCUGGCCAAAACAGAUCCAACUAAGGUGGUUGAAUCACCGGAGAAGGUCAUCAAAGCUGUGACGAAAUCGGGCAAGCCAUCAGCAACCCCAAACUUGAGUGCGUGGUUCAAGGCAUUUGGAGCACCCAAAAAGCCAAAGAAAUCGGACGAAGGGGAUGACAGCACAAGCAAGAACUCCCCGUCUGAAAGCGGAAAGGGUGGCGAAGGCACAUCACCUUCUGAAUCAGGAUUGAGUGUACCAUUGGUACCCAGUUUGGAAAGCCCAAGUUAUCCUUCAUUACCGGCUCCUAGGCAGAGAAAAGCCAGUACUGGCAGCACGGUGUCGGAAAGAUCUUCGUUCAGUCAAGAUCCGGAUAGCCCUCGGAUUGGCAUUGACGAACGAAUCGGUGUUUAUCCGGCACCUUAUCCCAGUCCGAUGGGAGCAUCACCUAUUAUGACGUCACCAAAACUGGACGAAACACAGAAAAGUCCUUAUCCUUUGAAUGGUGCUAUUAAAGUUGGGUUCUAUCAAGAUACAACUACAAAGAGUAGUCCGGAAAAAAGUUGCAGUCCAAGAGAUUUACCAUCACCUUAUCCGCAAUACUCACAACAUCUGUACAGUUCCAACACUGGAAUGACAGGCAACAAUCUCUACGGAAAUUACUCGUACGGCGGAAAUGCUAAUCCCAGUACUAGUAAUACGAACGCAGAAAAUUUCAAAACUUUCGACCAAUACAAACAACCUGCUUCCCAGGAGUCAGACUACAAUUCAUCUAUGAGUCCCAGUACAAAUCCAAAUUCUCCUUAUCACAAUCAGCAGUCGUCACCUUACCAGCAGCAGCCGAAUUCACCCUAUCAGCAGCAGCAACAGCCAAAUCAGAAUUACAAUCAGCAGCAGCAGCAAUCAAUCGCAUCGCCAGCGUCCUCUGGACCACUGUCCCCAUAUAGCACCAAUUCAAUAGCACCUCAAUCUUCAGUACAACAAAGCCCAGCUCAAUCCGUCAGUGGUCAUUCGCCUUUCAAUCCGUCGCCGUCGUCGCCUUACCAAACACCUCAACACCCAUCUCAAAGUCAGCCAUCACAACAAGUGCAGAAGCAACCCAAUCCACAGCAACAGCCACCUCAACCACAACAACAACAGCAUAGUUCGAAACCAAAUACUCCCAUUCACCAAAGUCCUAAUUCGCCGUUCUCGCAAUCGAACCAUAGUUCGCCGUAUUCCCAGCAAGAUCCAAACUCGCCUUACUCCCAAGGACAGCUGUCUCCCUUCCAGCCCAUGUCUCCAAAACCUCCGCAAUCAAGUCUUCCAGCGCUGCCGCAAGGUACUACCAACAACAGCUUGAAACUAGCACCUCCUAUCAUCACUCCCCAGCAAGCUGCGGCAGCGGCAGGCGUCGCACUUCCAGAAUCGCCUAUAAACAGCCUGUCGCAACAACAACAACAACCACAACA